CUGCUGGCCGGGCUGCCUGGCGUCCCCACAUCUGGACACUGCAGAGGGAGGGAAGGUAAAGGAAGCGAGGCGCCGCCGCACCAGCGGGGACACCGACGUGGACCAACAGUGGCCGAGCCCUGGAGGAGCCCUGUUGGACGUCAGCGGAGAGAUGACUUUGAGCUCAGCCUGGCGCUCAGUCGUGCCUCUGUGGCUCCUCUGGGGCGUUGCCUGCUCCCGCGCGGCGUCCGGAGACGACAACGCUUCUCCUUUUGACACUGAAGGGAGCUCAGCGGUCGGCAGGCAAGACCCGCUGGAGACGAGCGAGCCCCGCGUGGCUCUGGGACGCCUGCCGCCUGCGGCCGAGAAAUGUGGUGCUGGUUUCUUCCGCACCCUGUCAGGAGACUGUUUGCCCUGUGACUGUAAUGGUCAUUCCAACGAAUGUUUGGAUGGCUCCGGAGUCUGUGUGCACUGCCAACGGAACACAACAGGAGAGCACUGUGAAAAAUGUCUGGAUGGUUUUAUUGGAGAUUCCAUCACAGGAGCACCCCGGUUCUGCCAGCCAUGCCCCUGUCCCCUGCCCCACCUGGCCAAUUUUGCAGAAUCCUGCUAUAGGAAAAAUGGAGCUGUUCGGUGUAUUUGUAAAGAAAACUAUGCUGGACCUAACUGUGAAAGAUGUGCUCCUGGUUACUAUGGAAACCCCUUACUCGUUGGAAGCACCUGUAAGAAAUGUGACUGCAGUGGAAAUUCAGAUCCCAACCUGAUCUUUGAAUACUGUGAUGAAGUCACUGGCCAGUGUAGGAAUUGCUUACAUAACACCACCGGAUUCAAGUGUGAACGCUGUGCUCCUGGCUACUAUGGGGAUGCCAGGACAGCCAAGAACUGUGCAGUGUGCAAUUGUGGGGGAGGCCCCUGUGACAGCGUAACCGGAGAGUGCUUGGAAGAAGGUUCUGAACCCCCUACAGGCUGCGACAGGUGUGUCUGGGAUCUGACGGAUGACCUGCGGUUAGCGGCGCUCUCCAUGGAAGAAAGCAAAGCUGGGCUGCUGAGCGUGUCCUCCGGUGCCGCUGCUCAUAGGCACGUGAAUGAAAUGAACGCCACCAUCUUCCUCCUCAAAACAAAAUUGUCAGAAAGAGAAAACCAGUAUGUCCUAAAAAAGAUACAAAUCAACAAUGCUGAGAACACAAUGAAAAGCCUUCUGUCUGACGUGGAGGAAUUAGUUGAAAAGGGAAGUCAUGCCUCAAGAAGGGGACAACAGGUUCAGAAGGAAAGCAUGGACACCAUUAACCAUGCGACUCAGCUUGUAGAGCAAGCCCACGACAUGAGGGAUAAAAUCGAAGAGAUCAACAAGAAGAUGCUCUUUUAUGGGCAGGAGCAGGAACUUAGUGCUGAGGAGAUCUCUGAGAAGCUGGUGUUGGCCCAGAAGAUGCUUGAGGAGAUUCGACGCCGCCAACCAUUCCUCACCCAGCGGGAGCUUGUGGACGAGGAAGCAGACGAGGCCUACGAACUGUUGAGCCAGGCUGAGAGUUGGCAGCAGCUGUACAAUGAUACUCGCGCUCUGUUUCCUGUCGUCCUGGAGCAGCUGGAUGACUACAAUGCUAAGCUGUCAGACCUCCAGGAAUCACUUGACCAGGCCCUUGACCAUGUCAGGGAUGCUGAAGACAUGAACAGGGCCACAGCAUCCAGGCAACGAGACCACGAGAGACAACAGGAAAGCGUGAGGCAGCAAAUGGAGGUGGUGAAUGCUUCUCUGGGUGCAUCUGCUGACUCUCUAAUGACGCCUCGUCUGACUCUUUCAGAACUUGAUGAUAUAAUAAAGGAAGGGCAGCUGAGGAAAACCUUGCCAAGCCAGGUGACUUUGAAUAACAGGAAGGAAGCAUCUGUGAUACCAGAAAUAUUAAAAUCAAGCCAUAAGGAGGCAAGAAGGAGAAAUGAGAUGACAGGUUUAUUCAUUGACAGGAACUUGCACAGUUCAGAUAUGAAUGGACUGGUGCAGAAGGCUUUGGAAGCAUCAAAUGUCUAUGAAAAUAUUGCGAAUUAUGUUAGUGAAGCCAAUGAAACAGCAGAAUUCGCUUUGAACAUCACUGACCGAAUUUACGAUGCUGUGAGUGGCAUUGAUACUCAGAUCAUUUACCAUAAAGACGAAAGCGAGAACCUCCUCAAUCAAGCCAGACAACUGCAAGCAAGGGCAUUUUCUAACAAUGAUGAGGCAGUGGCUGACACCAGCAGGCGUGUGGGGGGAGCCCUUGCAAGGAAGAGUGCCCUCAAAAACCGAUUAAAUGAUGCCGUUAAGCAACUACAAGCGACAGAGAGAGGUGAUGCUCAGGAGCGCCUGGGUCAGUCCAGGCUGGUCACCGAGGAAGCCAACAAGACAACAGUGGAGGUUCAACAGGCCACCGCCCCGAUGGCUAACAACCUAACCAACUGGUCACAAAACCUUCAAAAUUUUGACUCUUCUGCUUACAACACUGCAGUGGACUCUGCUAGAGAUGCAGUGAGAAAUCUGACAGAGGUUGUUCCUCAGCUCCUGGAUCAGCUUCGUACAGUCGAGCAGAAACGGCCUGCAAGCAACGUUUCUGCCAGCAUCAGGAGGAUCCGAGAGCUCAUUGCUCAGACCAGAAGUGUCGCCAGCAAGAUCCAAGUCUCCAUGAUGUUUGAUGGCCAGUCAGCUGUUGAAGUGCACCCCAGAACAAGUAUGGAUGACUUAAAGGCCUUCACGUCCCUGAGCCUGUACAUGAAACCUCCAGUGAAGCAGCCAGAAGUGACUGGGACUGCAGAUCAGUUUAUCCUGUACCUUGGAAGCAAGAACGGUGCAUUUAGGGUAGGAAAACAUGGAAAGGUGUUUUUAACAGUCCCAAGUCUGAGCAGCACAGCAGAGGAAAAAUUUAUUAAAAAGGGUGAAUUUGCGGGAGAUGAUUCCUUGCUGGACCUGGACCCUGAGGACACUGUGUUUUAUGUUGGUGGGGUGCCUUCAAACUUCAAGGUAAGCUAUAAACUGGCCUUUACUCAGAGUCGGGCUGCCAGUUACUUCUUCGAUGGCUCCAGUUAUGCAGUGGUAAGAAACAUCACAAGGCGAGGGAAGUUUGGUCAGGUGACUCGCUUUGACAUAGAAGUUCGAACACCAGCUGACAAUGGACUUGUGCUCCUGAUGGUCAACAGAGGUAUGUUUUUCAGCCUGGAAAUGCGCAAUGGUUACCUACAUGUCUUCUAUGACUUUGGAUUCAGCAGUGGUCCUGUGCAUCUUGAAGACACAUUGAAGAAAGCUCAAAUUAAUGAUGCAAAAUACCAUGAGAGCAUGGAUAAUGAAAAGAUGAAAAUACCUUUUACAGAUAUAUACAUUGGAGGAGCUCCCCCAGAAGUAUUACAAUCCAGGACCCUACGAGCACACCUCCCCCUAGAUACCAACUUCAGAGGAUGCAUGAAGGGUUUCCAGUUUCAAAAGAAAGAUUUCAAUUUACUGGAGCAAACAGAAACCCUGGGAGUGGGUUAUGGAUGCCCAGAAGACUAUCUUAUAUCUCGCAGAGCAUAUUUCAAUGGGCAGGGCUUUAUUGCUUCAAUCCAGAAAAUUUCUUUCUUUGAUGGCUUUGAAGGAGGUUUUAAUUUCCGAACUUUACAGCCAAAUGGAUUACUAUUCUAUUAUACUUCAGGGUCAGACGUGUUUUCCAUUUCACUGGAUAAUGGUACUGUCAUCUUGGAUGUAAAGGGCAUCAAGGUUCAGUCAGCAGAUAAGCAGUACAACGAUGGGCUGUCCCACUUCGUCAUUACCUCUGUCUCACCCACGAGAUAUGAACUGAUAGUAGACAAAAGCAAACUUGGGAGUAAGAAUCCUACCAAAGCAAAAGCGGAACAGACACCAGCAGGGGAAAAGAAGUUUUACUUCGGUGGCUCACCCAUCAGUCCCCAGUAUGCUAAUUUCACUGGCUGUAUAAGUAAUGCCUACUUUACCAGGUUGGAUAGAGAUGUGGAGGUCGAAGAUUUCCAGCAGUAUUCUGAAAAGGUCCACACUUCUCUUUAUGAGUGUCCCAUUGAGUCUUCACCAUUGUUUCUCCUUCACAAAAAAGGAAAAAAUUCCUCAAAGCCCAAAACAAGUCAGAAUAAAAAGGGAGGGAAAAGUAAAGAUGCACCUUCAUGGGAUCCUGUUGGCCUGAAAUUCCUGGAGCGAAAUGCUCCGAGAGACUCUCACUGCCAGCUUUCCAACAGCCCCAGAGCUAUCGAGCACGCCUAUCAAUACGGAGGGACGGCCAACAGCCGCCAAGAGUUUGAACACUUAAAAGGAGAUUUUGGUGAAAAAUCUCAGUUUUCUAUUCGUCUGAAAACUCGUUCCUCCCAUGGGAUGAUUUUCUAUGUCUCGGAUCAAGAAGAGAAUGACUUCAUGACUCUAUUCUUAGCCCAUGGGCGCUUGGUUUUCAUGUUUAAUGUUGGCCACAAGAAACUGAAGAUUAGAAGCCAGGAGAAAUAUAAUGAUGGAUCAUGGCAUGAUGUUCUUAAUUUUCAACAAUUAUUACUGAGCAUCUUUUAUAGGCUAAGCUGUGGAAGUUACAAAGUGAAGGAUGAGUCUUUCAAUAUCGGACUGAAGUUUGAAAUUGCGUUUGAAGUCCGUCCCAGAAGCAGCUCGGGAACUCUUGUCCAUGGCCACAGUGUCAACGGGGAGUACCUGAACGUUCACGUGAAAAACGGGCAGGUCACAGUGAAAGUCAACAAUGGCAUCAGAGACUUUUCCACCUCAGUAACACCCAAGCAGAGUCUCUGUGAUGGCAGAUGGCACAGAAUUACAGUUAUUAGAGAUUCAAAUGUGGUUCAGUUGGAUGUAGAUUCUGAAGUGAACCAUGUGGUUGGACCACUGAAUCCAAAACCAGUUGAUCACAGGGAGCCUGUGUUUGUUGGAGGUGUUCCAGAGUCUCUUCUGACACCACGCUUGGCACCCGGCAAACCCUUUACAGGCUGCAUCCGCCACUUUGUGAUUGAUGGGCGCCCAGUGAGCUUCAGUAAAGCAGCCCUGGUCAGCGGUGCCGUGAGCAUCAACUCCUGUCCAGCAGCCUGACACAACACAGCACAGCUGCCCAAGGACAAAGUUCUUCAGAGCACUGAAACAAACACAAAGCCAGCCAGGAGGAAUAGCAACUCUUCCUCCUUGUGCAAGCUUUCAUUUAGUUGAACAGGACUUAAAUGAAUCAUCAGGGACUGGAUGCUUCUUAUUUCUCAUUUGGAUUCUUACCUUGGAUCCAAAAUGUCUGCAAUGGACAACAAUCGAAGGAGUGGUAAAUGUACUUGUAUUGAGAGCAACUUACUUCCCGCUGGUGAAAUUACUGUUCCUGUUUCUAAUAAAAUAGAAGGGAUUCUGAAUAAACACUGGCACGAAUUUUUGAAGUGCG